GGUGGUCCAGAUUGAGCAUGCUUGAGUUCGCGAGCCGCACUGACACCGACACUCUAAUCGCAAAACAACGCAAGGUCUUGCUGCGAACCAGCUAGCAAGGGUACAAUACGGAGCUGCCGCGACCGUGAGGCAAGAUGUCGGGAAUUGCUCGCACAUUUGGUAAGGCGCUCCAGCGCUCGCUGGAUGGUAUAAAAGAGGAGACAGCCAAAGCUAUUAGGAUGGAGGUUGCGCCAUCAUCGCGCACAGAGGGCCUGUUGUCCCUGUGGGCGCUGCGCUCGCGUGCAGACCUCUCCAGCUUUGCCACUGGCGCAGACAAGGAUAUUGGCGGGCUGUCCACCUGCCUGCUCUCCUUCGAUGAGAAAGAGGGAAAGGGACGCUUCUACGGUACAGUGACAAGCGACCUACCGCGCGGCAGUCGGAUUGAGAGAAGCGGUUAUGCCGCCUUCCGGAACAAGAACCGCCCGACGCUCUUUGGCGCACAGACGUGGGAUACGACGGUACAUUCGCUGCUCGCGCUGCGCGUGCGCAAUCGAUUCGCCCAGUCCGUCACCGCUGCGUCAGAAUUGUCUGCGGGAAACCUGCCAGAGGACUUCCUUGCGGAAGCAAAAUACGAGAGCAGCAGCAGUGCUGCUGGCCCUUCGCCGACACUGAGCAACCCAUCGCUGCGACAAGCGCUGCACGCCUCCUCGAUCGGUCGGCCGCCCGUCGAGGCACGUGCCAUACACGCACUGGGAAUAGGGCUCAAAGAGCCUCCAGGGCCAAAGUUCUUCAUCAACAUCCAGACCGAUGGCCCCGUCACAUCCGACCUCUUUCAACAUCGCCUGUAUCUCGAUGAACGCAUGGGUGACGCCUGGCAGACGGUGCUUGUCCCCUUUGACGACUUUGUCCUCACCAACACAGGUCAGGUAGCGAUGAGUCAAAUGAGGAUGAUGAGGGAACGCAUCAGAACCGUCGGCAUCAGCGUCAUGCUCGAAGCCCCGUCGUUUCCCGUGUAUGCAGUCUCGUCAUUAGCGGCAGCCAAGGCUGGGCAGCAGAGCGGAGCCCCGGCGUCCUUACUCAAGACCUCGCGUUCAGCAGCAGAAGACAAGCUGAGCGAGGAUGACUGGGGAACAGAUGGAAGUCUCACUAACACAGCGAAGAAGAACGACGCUGGAUAUGUGGCACCUGCAGUUCGUGGCAGACGGAGAGGGCAGACAUACAACUUUGACCUCGGUAUUGAGAGCGCCGUCGCACUUGGCUCUCUUAAAGAGCUUGAUGCGAGUCUACUUUGACACUAGCGACAGCAUGGGCAAUUCACCAGCUCAAAGAACAGCCUAAGACGAAGUGCAGACGGCCUUGGAGAUGUUGCCACCUCGGCUCUCGCUUGGCUCAUCGGAUCGGGCCAGCAUACUAGCUUGAGCUUGUCAUACGAUUGAUCUUUUCAUUCAAUAGAAGUCUUAAUUACUGGUU